UGCAUGCUGUUUCCCCGUGGUCCUUUUCAGUUUUCUCAACUGUAUUUCCUAAAUCCAACAACGUCGAAGGCGAGCUGCUUGUGGCUGUUUGUUGAAACGAACCGGUAUUAUUGAAGCCAUCAGUAAGGACUGAUCUUCAUUGGUCUGAAUGAUGUCGAAAGGGAGAAAACCUCGGGGACCAUCUUUCUCGGCGGAUGACAAGGUCCUGUGCUACGAACCCGAUCCGACGAAGGCUCGAGUUUUGUAUGACUCGAAGGUCGUAGAAGUGGAGUAUCAAAAAGAGGAAAAGGGCCGCAAAGUAGUGAAAUAUCUCAUUCACUUCAAUGGCUGGAAUCGAAGUUGGGAUCGCUGGGUAUCUGAGGACAUGAUACUGGACAUUACGAAGGAGAACAAGUUAAUUCAGAAGGAGCUCAAUGAAGAAGCAAAAAGGAAAUCACGCAAGCGCUCUUCAAAUCACUUUGAUGAUCAUGGGUCGGUAAAGAAGCGGUACCGCACGUCUUGUGGUGGCUCACAGGGAGUGCAGCAGCGCAGUGGUGAUGACAGUGAUAGCUGUAGUGAUUGUACUGGGUCUAGUUCUAGUAGUAGUGAUGAUGAUGAUGACGAUAGUGAUGACGCCAGCGAUGAAGAUGGCAGCGGCAGUAGUACUGAUAGGUCCAGCACUUCAUCCAGCAGCAGUGAUGAUGAUGAUGAUGAUGGGCGGCAUCACAGUCGCCGGAGACACCGGCAACACUUACUACACCGACAGCACCGACGUAAGCUCGAGAAGCUACAGCAGAAGCGGAGGCGAGGGCCGGGCCGCUCGCCCAACGUGUUGGCAAAUUCGGACGAUGAUUUCGUUCCUGAUCGUCGCCUUCAUCAGCAUGGUGGGAAGAAGCGCCGCUAUAUGUGUUCCAACAACUUCGAUGCAGAGCAACCUGAUAAGGUUGCUAGCACCAAUACUGAUCAGCUGACAACAUUGUGGAUAGACCGCUCUGAGUGUAAUGAAGUGCCCCUUGACAUCACCCCUGGCUUACGCGACAUGCUGGAGGAUGACUGUAUGAAUGUGGUGCACUUCGGCAAUGUUCAUCGACUUCCUGCAACUCCCUCCGUAUCCGGUGUGCUAGAUCAGUGGCUAGAUCAUGUUUCGGCUCAGGAAGUGCCCAACCAUGUGUCGAGUACAUCAGUACCAACGCGGAAUCAGAGUGCUGCAGGUGUGACACUGCGUACGGUCACACCGCACAAGAACAGCAAGAUCAAGCUCAAGUCGUCAGCACCGCCCGUGGUUGUGGAACCUUCAUCCCAGCUGUCUCUGUGUCGUGAAGUGGUGGGAAGUGUGAAGACAUUAUUUGACUUCAUGCUAUCAUCACAGCUCCUCUUCGACAAGGAGCAAGUGCAGUACUGCAGUCAGGUGCGGCGGAAAAUGCCAACAACAUCAGCAGCACCUUCUCAGAACGCUCAACCAAUUCGAAUCAAGGUUGAGGAUGACUCUGCUAGCCGUGAUGCUGUAGCUGCUGAUAGCUGUGGUGCCACUGCUGCGACUCUUGCCGAGGCAUCAUCGACGAUGAACAGUCAGCCAAGCGGCCACAGCUGUGGCAGACAGCAUAUCGCUGAUCCAUAUGAUGCUCCGACCAGUGGUACCAACUCUGUGCGGAGUAACAUGUCCUACUUGAGCCGUGCUUCUGUCACUGAGCAUUCCUACAGUAGGCCACCGGAAUAUUUAGUACUGUCAGAGGCUGCACGUGUCAUACGGGAGACUGGCCUAAUGGAUAAUAGAGGUUGCACUUCCACCGGUGAUGUGCAGAAACCGCGCAGUCGACUUACCAACGGUAGUGCCAACGGCAGUGCUAGUGCUGGUGGUGCUAGUACAAGUACUGGCUGUGGUGCUGCCGACACAAGUAGUACAGUCACAGGCACAUCACCUGCCAAUCAUGCAAAGCCAGUAGUUAACAACGAGGCUGCUGAGCCGCGGCGGACGCGCUCGAAAUCGUUAUCAUUAACCGCCAGAGCUGCCGACACAGCAUGUGAUUCUGGAACACCUCUGAGUCAGCCGGGCACUGCUGGCACUGGCAUCACCGUUGCAACUCAACCUCUAGCCCUAGCAGUCGCUCCUGCUAGACACCAUCAACAGGCAGCCAAUGCUUGUCAUGCAGCUAGUACUAAUCACACAGCUUGGUUUACUAAUCAAACCGUGCGUACUAAUCACACGGCAAGUACUAACCAAGCUGCGAGUAGUGAACGUACAACAACUACUAAUCAAGUAGUAUGCAGCGAUGACAGUAGUAUGCAGUUUGGUCCUCAAACCACGGUUACGCUCCGCCUCACAGAUUCCAUCUCAAAGCAUGCCGUCAACUUCACCCUGCGACCGGCUGAUGUGUACGGAGUGCCUCACUUACUGCGUCUUUUCGUCAUCUUGCCUAGUGUACUGGCCCGUAUGUCGUUCAGUGAUAGUCACCUUCAGGUGCUGUAUGAACACCUGUACAUGAUCCUAGCGUUUCUCAAUGAACGACGUCAACAGUAUUCCGCCGCUAUCCAAUAUUCCAAAAUGCCACUGACCUAGAGGCCUUUGCGGUGCCAUUUUCAUUCCCGUGCUUAUCCUGUUGUUGUUGCUGCAGCUGCUGCUGUUGUUGCUGCCAUUGUUGCUGUUGUUGCUGCUAUUGAUGCUGUUGAUGUUGCUGAUGUUGCUGUUGUUGCUAUUGUUGCUAUCGUCGUCAUUGCAGACACAUUUGACGUCCACCGUGCAUCUAGAAUUCAGCUCCAUGGUGGCAAGUCAUUUGUCUUGUGGGUUUAUUUGUUUUUGUCCAUGUCUAUUAUGUUAGGCUACCUGGCGUUGCUGUGCUGCUUGAUUUCGCUUUGCUAUUUCUGCUUGGGUGGCUAUCCGUUGUCUGCGCUGAUUGACCUCUCUUGCUCUCCCGACAUAUACCUCUCUCAUCUUUAUCGCGUACUCUUAAGGACUGGAUCGACUUUGAAAUCCCCC